UUUUGUUGACUAUUAUAAAUGUUCGUAUAAUAAAAUGCCUAAUUGAAAUAAUCAAAUAUCUCCACAUUAUGAGAUUGAGGCAUAGGUAGGUAUAUAAGGUUAGAACCGGUCUCAUUUAGUUUAGUAACAACUUACUAUUGCGCAGUUAUCUCUAUAGUACAUAUAACGUAGGUACCUACUAUUGUUCUAUUGUAUAUAUUUUGUCGGUUUAUUAUUCACAACAUCAUGAUUAAGAUUCUGUUAUUGGUUUCCAUAAUGCUGUUAAGUUUUUGCUUAACGGAACAAGCAAAAUUAUCCCACGAUAACACGAUCGACAAAUCAGACGUAGAAACUAAUACACUGAAGGCCGGAGAAAAUGUCGGUCCCCAUUCAGCGGAAGAAGAACGUUUGAUGUUGUUGGGAACGAGAGGAGUUGAAGCCGCUACUAAAUCAAAAAUGUUGUACAAGACUCGCGAUCCCAGGUACAUAAUAGACAACCAGAUUCACAAGGAAUUUGACGCAAGAAAACGCUGGCCCCAAUGCAAAACGAUUGGUGAAGUCCACAAUGAAGGCAACGAACUCUUGUCUUGGGCCUAUGCUGCCACCGGGGUAUUCGCAGACAGAAUGUGCAUAGCGACUAAUGGAAAUUACAACCAACUCCUGUCCACCGAAGAGCUAAUUUCCUGCAGUGGUAUAAAAGAACGUGAAGACGGUUACGUUAAUCGAGUCUUAGUUUGGGAAUAUUUCAAAACUCACGGCUUGGUCUCCGGUGGCAAAUACAACACUAACGAAGGAUGUCAACCUUCCAAAGUGCCAACAGUUUAUAACUCACAAACAAAAAUAUACAAACGCACAUGCGUCGAGUACUGUUACGGUAAAGAUACGAUCAAUUACAACCAUGAUCACGUGAAAGUUAGCAACCACUAUUUUAUUCGAAUCAAAGAUAUUCAAAAGGAAGUGCAAACUUACGGUCCAGUCUCAGUAUUUUUCGAUCUUCACGAUGAUCUUUUUCUUUACAAAAGUGGUGUUUACGCAAAAACUGAAAAAUCGAAAGAUAAACGAUAUCAUCAUGCCAAGUUAAUUGGAUGGGGAGUCGAAAAUGGUGUAGACUAUUGGUUGUUGGUCAACUCUUGGGGAUAUGAAUGGGGUCAGAAUGGACUUUUCAAAAUCAAAAGAGGCACUGAUGAAUGCUCCGUCGAAAGUCAUGUUUAUGCAGGUGAACCUGAAAUAAAAUAAUAUGUUCUUAUAAAACAAUAAUUGUAAUAUAUUAUAUGUCUACCUUCUACGUUAAUAAAUACAUACAAUUAUUUGGAACCAAUAAUAACGAUUAUACAUCGGUGUAGAAAAUAUAUACGAAAUUUAAAAAUAUAAAA